UGCGCAUGCUCGGCGAUGUCACCUGAAGCUUGCUGUCUUAAAGGGGCAUAAACAACAUUGUGCCCGAGGUAAGAUGUCCCGGGCUGUCCGGGAUCAGUAUGAACGGAGGUAUCACGUGACCGAGAACCGAACAAAUCCAAAAGGAUUCACGGAGUAUAAGGUGAUCGCUGAGUUUAUACCAAAGAAGGACCCUCAGGAUGCUAAAGAGAUUGUGGUUUGGAAACGUUACAGUGACUUCAAGAAACUACAUGGAGAGCUCUCCUACACACACCGGAAUCUCUUCCAGCGCACUCAGGAAUUUCCAGCGUUCCCGAAGGCUCAAGUUUUUGGACGUUUUGAAGCCCCUGUUAUAGAGGAACGCAGACAAGCUGCAGAAGAUAUGCUCAGAUUCACUGUGAACAUCCCAGCACUGAAUAACAGCCCCCAGUUGAAGGAGUUCUUCAGGACUGGAGAGGCCACUAUGCGAUCAAAUGGUCCAGAUGCAACAGAGACACUUGUGUUGCCCCCUCCUUUAAUUCCAGAGCCAGUAAGAAGCUCUUCAAUUGAAGUUAAAGAAGAAGUGACAAAUGAUUCAGAUGUGACAGAGUCUGCAGAGGCAGCUGAGCACAUAGAGGACAUCAGCAGUAAAGAUAAUACAUCUGUUUUUCACUAUACAGAGCAAACUGAGUUUGAUGUACUGUUUGGUCUGAAUGAAGACUUAUGCUGUUUAGAAGAUGAAGACAUCCAGGACCCCUCGCCAUCUACUAGUACACUGACUGCCAAUGACUUGGCAAUAUUCGACCCUUGUUAUUCUGAAGAAGGUGCAUCUAGAGAAUCGGAAACCUCUUUGCAUCUGCUGUCUCUAAAGUGUGAAGGAGGGGAGCUUCCUUCUAUUGGCGAAGAAGAUGCUGGCAUUUACCUGUCACAAGCCACAUCAGAAGUGCAGAGAGCAAUGGAGUUAGAAUUAGCUGGAAAAUACCCAGAAGCCUUCAGGCUAUUCCGAAAUGCCGUGGAUAUUUUAUUAAAGGGAGUGAAAGAUGAUCGUUGCCCUGAGCGACGCGAGGCUGUCACACGUAGAACAGCAGAAUAUCUCCAUCACGCAGAGAAGAUCUUUCAGGAGCACAUGGAUGGAAGUUCAUCCGAUGAGCACAAAAAAUCCCCUUAAAUAUGGCUGUAAAUUACUUUUUUAUAUUAAGAACAAUUUUUUUUUAUUUCUUUUUAUUUAACUUCAGGGUCCUGGAUGUGUAUAGUGAGAGGAAGUAUGCACACAAUCCUUUGCGUUUGAAUAGAAAAGAACAAAUUGUCUGUUUUAGUCUUUCUUCAUUUAUUCACAGAGGAAGAAAGAGCGAAGUACUUCCACGUGUUCAGAAACGGUGGACACUACUGCAGACAUUGCUCUCUGCAAUUCUUUUUGAAGACUUCAAUAAUGCUACUUCUUUUUUGUUUAGUAAUUGCUGUAAAUGUACUUACUGGAAACAAUUAUUUCUAAAGCAAAAGUGAUUUCUGCUUACUGAU